AUAAUGGAGCUGAAAUGCAAGGGUGGAUGGCAAAUAAAUUGCAUCUUGUGAACUACCUCCAACUAAUUUCUGCUUGGAGCACUGUGUUUAAAAGGAUUCCUAGGCAACAUCUGGAGGGAUCCGGGAAAAAAGAAAACAAGAGAUGUAACGAAGGUAAGCGGAGAACCAGUAAAGUGUAGUGCUACAGUAGCCUAGGGUUUCAAGGACAGGAGAUUAUAAUAUCCAGUCAGGCAGAGCAGCAGUCAAACAACAUGAAGAAAAAUGUCCAUGAGACUUGGCAUGCAGGAGAUCACUGAUGUGCCUAUUGACAAGUUCAGUAAUGUUGUGAGGGAAGAAGUCAAUGGGCUAAAGCGGACACAGAGACAGCAGGUGUAAACCAGAGACAGAGCCAGUGUACCGGAUGGCUGAAGUCGAAUACUUAUGUAGCAAAUGGGGAUAGAGACAUCUGUCCCAUGGAUGUAUUGGCCUUCUCAGGACAAAUAUUCCAUCCCCUGAAAACCAUAGGAAAGGGGUAAAGAGGGAUACUCCUAUAGGUCAAUUUAUAGAAGAGAGCAAAACCUUAAAAUUCUCCAUGAAGUAGGAGCUAAGAACCUCUGUAUCAGGUGAAGAGACAAGAAGGUCAAGAUGGGGAAGGGGGAAGGAGAAGGUUUGCUAAAGAUGUUGAAGAGAAUGAGAGAACUAAACAGGGCUGGGCGAGCAAAAGGCAUCAGGCAAGGCUGAGUACUCAGAUGAGGUUGAAAAUACGUAAUAGUUACUUUAAAACAGGGUUAAUCUGUAUGACUAGGUGCUUUUUCUUUAGCCCUCAGAUACAGAAGUAGAACAACAGGCUGUGGAUUGGGCUGGCAUUUUGCCAGGAUACAGCAGGAAGACGGGGGCACAGGAAAGGCCCAAUGUUGGGAGUAUUUCCGUUAAUCUAUGAGAUGCAGGCUGGCUAGGGUAGCAAGGUAGGUUAUGAGAAGAAAAAUACAGACAAACUCGUGAGACUGCAGAGGCUUGGAAAGAGAACAUGUGUUGGGUGACAGUGAGAUGCAGAGGAUUUCUAAGGUGAUACACCUGUAGAGGAAAAGGUGGAGGUCCCAGCCUGGGGAAAAGGUGUCUAAUCUCCCCCUGGUGAUGACCACUGGCGUUAAAGGAAUCCAGAAGAGACGAGGCUUUUUCUGUUUGUGGAAGUUAUCUCCUUGUCCAAGUUUCUCUUCACCACUGAAAACCUCUGAAAGUUGUCAAUUUCAUUCAGGUAGAUUCAGAAGACCUAUCUGAUUCCAAAUGACAAAAUGCUUCUAGAGAAAAAGCACCUAUGUCUGGUCAGAUAAUGCAUGUAUGACUUCGGACAAAUCAUAGCAUUUCAGUGUUUGAGGUAAUCUAGUCUGUCUGUCCUCUUUAUUCCUUAACUCUCCAUCUGUACAGACAGAAACAAUGUAAUCAGCCACAUAUCUUGUAUAAAAUAAAUAUGAAGAGAGAGCCAAUUAUAAAGGCAGAAGUUCUUGGGGUGACGGGAAGAAUUUUAAAAUACAAAAUUAACUAGGUACUUCUUCAAGAAGAAAAAUAUCAGGGAGUACUGAAAGAGAACAAUUGCAGAAAGGAAGAGAAAUUAACGUGAACAGCAACCAAAAACCUUCUAAGAAUGUAUCAACAGUCCAGUGGAAAAGGAAUACCCACCCUGAUGACACCUUGAUCUUGGACCCAUGGCCUCCAGUACUGUGAGACAGUAACAUUCUGUUGUUAAAGGUGCCCAGUCUGUGGUACUGUAAAACAGCCCUAGGAAACUAACACAGCCUGUUAGCCCACAGAUGGUGGAGAGAUGGAAUGCUCAGUGGAGCUCCAGGCUUACUGUCUACAGCUCCCAAAGUGCGCUACGGGACCCUUGGGUGAGUGAGGUGUGCCAGAUAAUUUUGGGUGGUGCAGGGUGAAUAAUUUCAAUUGACAUAAAAAUGUGUUUAUCUUACUGGGUAAAUCAGGGGUCCCCACCUGUUAGGAACCACGCUGCACAGCAGGAGGUGAGCAGCCAGCCAGGGAGCAAAGCUUCAUCUGUAGAAACAGCCGCUCCCCAUCCCUCACAUUACCGCACGAGCUCUGCCACCUGUCACAUGAGUGGUGCCGUUACAUUCUCAUAGAACCCAACUGUGAACUCAGCAUGCCAAGAAUCCAGAUUGCGUGCUCCUUAUGAGAACCUAAUGCCUGACGAUCUGUGACUAUCUCCCAUCACCUCCCGAUGGGACCAUGUAGUUGCAGGAAAACAAGCUCAGGGCUCCCACUGAUUCUAUAUUAUGGUCCGUGGAAGAGUUGUCUUCAAGAAAACUGCUCUCUGGUGCCAAAAAGUUUGGGGACCGCUGGUGAAAACGUUUCUAAGAAUAGUCAAGCAACUUAAGUUUUACAUGCUACGAAGUAUACAGGUUUAAGUGCUAAUAAAAAUAGGUGCAAACGAAAACACUCUUUCUGUGGUCCAGGGAAUCUUAACCAUUCUAUCGGAAAGACUUGCAGCUUGGAGCUGCAGCUGCCCUCCCACAUCCUGCCCACUGUAAAGCCCUGCAACACACACACACGCACACACACCACAUACAUACACAUGCAUAUACUUGCACACACACAUGCACACACAUAAAUACAUUCCCAUGUAUAUACCUGAACACACACAUAGAUACGUACACAUGCAUAUAAAUGCGCACACACACAGACACACACACACGCUGUGCUUCAUGCCCUCACUAGGGUGGCCUGGGAGGAAAUGCGUGUUUUUAGGAGAAAUGAAGACAACUGAGGCCCCCCAUUCUCCUGGUGUUUGCACAAGUGCCUUCUCUGCAGACCAUGCUUUAGUCUCUUUCUUGGUUCUCCCUGUUACUGAAAGAGAGAAGCAGAGGCCCGGCACAUGCUCAGCUGCUUAGGGCUCAAGCCAAGUUCGCAAGCUUCCUGGGGAGCCUAGUGAGAUGAAGGCACUGCAGACCCUUCCCAAAAGAGGCGUCGGCUUUUCAUGGAUCCUUGAGCCCAGGAAGGCGAUGGGUCAGACAUCACGCUUCAUCAGAAGACCCAAGCAAACUCCGGUGAGAAAGGGCAAUGGUCAAAGAUUUUAUUCUCUCGGAGAAGGGGUUCUCGGGCUGUAAGCAGCAGGCAGAAGACUUUAUUGCAUGCGUAGUUAGGUGAUGGUGACCUACGGUUUUCACUGGGGACUGGGAUCGAGAGUGACCCAACCUCCUACUCACGCUCGUCUCUCCCUGUCUCUCUCUUUGCCUUUUGUGUCUCUCUCCCUAUCUCUUGCUCCUUUUCCUCUCAACCUCCUCUGUCUCUUUCCUUAUCUCUCUUCCUCUCUCUCCCUCACUCCUUCUCCCCAUCUCUCUUUCUCUCUCCUUCUUUUCCACUUCUCUCUCCCUCCCCAUCUCUCUGCCUGCCACUGUUCAGGCUCCUGGGGCCCCACGUGGAUGGGUGGACACAGGACUCCUAGGCUACCUUUCACAGCGCAAGCAGAGGGCUGCAGGACCUUGGUCCCCACCUCCCAGCAUCCUCAAUAUGAGGGGUGUGGGGUGUGCCUGUGCUCUCCUGAGUGGGCACCCCACACUCCAGGAAAUAGAAACCGCAGGUCACAGCUGGCUCGAGUGCUGCCCACGGGGCUGCCAGCUUCCAUCGUGUGAUCUGCUGAGGCCAAAGCAGAGGACAGCAGCCCAGGCCCGACUCUGCAGCAGGGUGGGGGUAGGGGUGGGCUUGGGGGUGGGGAUGGGGAUGGGAGCCACCAAUGCAAACUGGCCCCUGGCUGGUUUCCUACCCUGCACCCUGCCAUGCAAGGCCUCCUCUCCCACCCCUACCCCGUCUGCCCCACCUCCACCCCUAGGCUGCCCCACACCCAGGCUCCAGAAGUCUCCCAGGAUCCAGGAACUAAGGGCAACCACUGGGUUCCACAGCCCCUAGUCCAUGGGUCAGCCACCCCUCUGCGUGCUGACAAACCUUGGCUCUCAUGCCCCACCCCAAGCCAACCACACAGCCCUGUCCCCGCACCAGCAUUAUUACCGCCUCCUGAUUUUGGCCCUGACAGCCCUGCUUCCUGGUAACCUUGCCCCCUCCCACCCUGCUCCAGGCAAGCCCACAGGCCAGCGCCCUCCACCCACCCUUCCUGGGGGCCACUCUACUAUCUCCUUGCCCAGAUGUCUUAACCUGGCUUUACCAAGCUAGAAUAAAUAACAGGGAUGAGGCCCCGGACUCCGCCAGGAAGAUGUGCCAAAAUACUCUCCAUUUAGAAGCGGGAACAGUAAUGGGGCCUAUGGAUGACCCCAGGAUUGUCACCCAAGCAGCAAGAAGAGCAAGGAGCCCGGUUUCCUGCUCUUACCCGGGGAGGACGUGGCCAGGGCUCCACAAGGCCUUGGAGAGGGGUGGGUAGGAGAGGAGAUCCACCCUCCUCUUGAGGAAGAAACCACCACCCCCAGGAAGCAGCAGAUGGGGGCACACAGGCAGAGUCCCUGCAUGCUGUAGAGCAGGGCCAGCAGAUCUGUACUCAGCCUCAGCCCCAGGGGAGCUGCAAGAUAGACUGAGACCCUCACAGGUUGGGCUCUGUGCCCCCACCCAAAUCUCAUCUGGAACUGUAAUCCUCCUGUGUCAAGGGAGGAACCUGGUGGGAGGGGAUGGGAUCUGGGGACAGUUUCCCCUCUGCUGCUCCCCUGAUAGUGAGGGAGUUCUCAGGAGAGCUAAUGGUUUGAAAGUGUGGCACUUCCCGGUUCUCCACUCACUCCCUCCUGCUGCCUUGUGGAGAAGGUGCCUGCUUCCCCUUCGCCUUCUGCCAUGACUGUAGGUUCCCUGAACUGGGAGUCAAUUAAACCUCUUUCCUUUAUAAAUUACCUAGUCUCAAGUAUUUCUUUAUAGCAGUGUGAAAACAAACUAGUAACCCUUCCCUGAGGCGCCUUCUCCUUAGGCAACCAGCUGUCUCCAUGCUCCUCCUCUGCCCCCUGUUCUUUCUUUUCCCCUCAUGAGGCCCAAGUGAUAAACAGGCCAGCCGCAGCCCCAGCCCCAGCCCCAGCCCCAGCCCCGUCCUACUGCAAGCCUGUGUGGCUGCUGGAGAGGCCAUGCUCCUUUCCUCUCCCUGAGCCUGCCUGAUACGCUUUCUGGAUCCUGGAGGAAACUGACCCACUAUUCUCAUACUGGUGCAACAUCACCAGUAUGAGUACCAGUCUUGGUACAGCUUCCAAGGCCUCAAAGCUGUACCAUUUGAGCCAGGCUUUUUUGUCUCCACUUGCUAGGGCUGUCAUUGGGACAGUCCUAGAGGGUGGUGCCAAUGGAUGAAUGGAUGGAUGGACAGUAGUCCAGGGAUGAUGUCCCUGUCUGUCCUGAACUCGGCCCUUCCUCCAAUGAGAAGCCUUCCUGAGUGAGUAUAUACAGUCAUCCCUUGGUAUGCAUGGAGGAUUAGUUCUAGGGUCCCCGGGAAUGCCAAAAUCCAUGGAUGCUCAAGUCUCUAAUAUAACAUGGCCUGGUAUUUACGUAUAAGCUAUGCACAUCCUCCCGUAGACAUUAGACCAUCUCUAGAUUAUUCAUGAUGUGUAAUACAAUGCAGAUGCCACAUGAAUGGUCAUGAUACUGUAUUCUUUAGGGAAUGAUGAAAAGAACAAAGUCUGCACAUGUUCCAUAGAAACAUAACCAUCCAAUUUAUUUUCUGAAUAUUUUCCAUCUGCUGUUGCUGAAUCCACAGAUGCAGAGCUCCUGGAUACGAGAGCCAAGUGUGCUUUGAGAGUAGGGUGGGUGAGGUUGCUAAUGAGUACAGGGGAGCAGGUGUUGAUUGGGAGGACCCUGCACUGGGGCAUCUGGACGUCCUUCCUCAGGACUUGAGACUCCAGUUGGAUGGCAAAGGCAGACUCAGCCCAGGUCAAAGCUGUCCCCUUGAAGUUUCAUUUUAUCCCAAGCUCUUUCUGGACCCUGGAAUUUGGCAUCCCCUAGACCCUGCGUGGAAAGACAGCUGAGCCAGGAUUUAGAUAACAUGUCUAGAACAGUGAGCCCCUAGUGUGUGCCCGGCACUUUCCCCACAGGAUCCUCUAGCUAGAAUAUCCAAGGGUCAUGGAGAGAAAUACCCAGUUAAAAUAUCAGAAAUGAAGUGAUACCAUUAGAGACACUAAAAAGAUCAUUAGGUAAUAGUAUUAGCUUUUGUAUUCUGAGAUCCAACAGCAGCAGUCACUUCCCUCCACCCCUAUGUGUAUCCCAGGACCACCCUGGACAGGGAGGGCUGAAGUUAGGGAACACCCAUGGAUGAUCUGGUGCUGGCCCUGGGCCUCGGGGGUGACAGUGAUGAGGAACUGGGUGCACACAUGAGUGGGGCAGCCGGGCCUGGCCAGAGAAGCAACACACACGUGUACAGACGUGUUUACCCACAUACACAUGUGCACGCACGUGCACAAACACAUCGCAGGCAGGCAUGUUGACGCCUCAGGCAGCGGAGGACCCUGACUAUGGGCCCUGCUGACCCGGGCAAGGCCCCAUUGUGAUGCGUGCCGUGACCUCAGAAUGUCACUGGUGCUUAGCACCUAUCCGCUCUCUGGCCUGCCUCAGUGUUCUACAGCAGUUACACACAGGCGGUGGUAUCUGUGAGCAGCUCUGUGGACUCAAAGGUUUUCUCCCUGAGAGGCAUAACCCAGGCCAGCUGAUUCAUCAGAAUCAGGAUGGACACGGUAGAGGACGCGGACAGUUGGUGGGCACAAGAGCGAGAGGACAUCAUUAUGAAAUACGAAAAGGGACACCGAGCUGGGCUGCCAGAGGACAAGGGGCCUGUGCCUAUUGGAAUCUACGGCAACAUUGAUCACUUUGGAAUUCUGCAUGAGACGGAGCUGCCUCCUCUGGCUGCACAGGAGGUGAAGAAUCGGCGGGAGAUGAGACGGACGAGCAAGUGGAGGAAAAUGCUGGGAGAAUGGGAGACGUAUAAGCACAGUACAAAACUCAUAGAUCGAGUGUACAAGGGAAUUCCCAUGAACAUCCGGGGCCCGGUGUGGUCAGUCCUCCUGAACAUUCAGGAAAUCAAGUUGAAAAACCCCAGAAAAUACAAGAUCAUGAAAGAGAAGGGCAAGAGGUCAUCUGAACACAUCCACCAGAUCGACCUGGACAUAAGCGGGACCUUAAGGAAGCAUAUCUUCUUCAGGGAUCGAUAUGGAGCCAAGCAGCGGGAACUAUUCUACAUCCUCCUGGCAUAUUCGCAGUAUAACCCGGAGGUGGGCUACUGCAGGGACCUCAGCCACAUCGCUGCAUUGUUCCUCCUUUACCUGCCUGAGGAGGAUGCAUUCUGGGCACUGGUGCAGCUGCUGGCCAAUGAGAGGCACUCUCUGCAAGGAUUUCAUAGCCCAAAUGGUGGGACAGUCCAGGGGCUCCAAGACCAACAGGAGCAUGUGGUACCCACAUCACAACCCAAGACCAUGUGGCAUCAGGACAAGGAAGGUCUACGUGGGCAGUGUUCCUCAUUAGGCUGCCUUAUCCGGACACUGAUUGAUGGGAUCUCUCUCGGGCUCACCCUGCGCCUGUGGGACGUCUAUUUGCUGGAAGGAGAACAGGUGUUGAUGCCGAUGACAAGCAUUGCCUUUAAGGUUCAGCAGAAGCGCCUCAUGAAGACGUCCAGGUGUGGCCUGUGGGCACGUUUUCGGAACCAGUUCGUUUACUCCUGGGCCAGGGAUGAUGACACCGUGCUCAAGCAUCUUAGGGCCUCUAUGAAGAAACUAACAAGAAAGCAGGGGGACCUGCCACCCCCAGCCAAACCCGAGCAAGGGUCCUCGGCAUCCAGGCCUGUGCCGGCUUCACGUGGUGGGAAGACCCUCUGCAAGGGGGACAGGCAGGCCCCUCCAGGCCCACCAGCCCGGUUCCAGCGGCCCAUUUGGUCAGCUUCCCCGCCAUGGGCACCUCGUUCUUCCACACCCUGUCCUGGUGGGGCUGUCCGGGAAGCCACCUACCCUGUGGGCACUCAGGGUGUGCCCAGCCUGGCCCUGGCUCAGGGAGGACCUCAGGGUUCCUGGAGAUUCCUGCAGUGGAACUCUAUGCCCCGCCUCCCAACGGACCUGGAUGUAGGGGGCCCUUGGUUCCCCCAUUAUGAUUUCGAACAGAGCUGCUGGGUCCGUGCCAUAUCCCAGGAGGACCAGCUGGCCACCUGCUGGCAGGCUGAACACCCUUCAGGGUUGAGAUUGGCUUUCACUGCACUGAGCCACAACGUGGGCAUGGACUUCCCGGCCCUGCAGUGCACCCAGCACUGAAUCCGACGAGGGCACCCCCUUCAGAGCUAGGGACGAACAGCAGUGCGCUCCCACCUCAGGGCCUUGCCUCUGCUGCCUCCACUUGGAAAGUUCUCAGUUCCCUCCAGGCUUCUAGAAGCAUCUGGGCCAGGGCUCGUGGCUGGAUAAUUUCCCAAGGCUUAACAACCCAAGCAAGCUUCCCAUCCUCGUUUUAUUUUUUGUUAAACUUAUGAAAAUUUAUUAAGAAAGUGUGCAGCUCGAGAGACAUUCAGAAAUGGAACACACCAGCCCCAAGAUCACAAAGCCAACCAUGCCUAGCCCCUCCCAGCACCCCCAGCCCCACGACCAGCGUUCUGAAUUCUGAUGACACCAUGAGCCUGCCUUUGUACUUUAAACUCAUGGAAGGAUAACCACCUUCACGUUUUAAAAUAAAUGUUUCCUGUUGAAUGAUUUUA